UGAGGAGAGGACGGAGAGGCAGCAGCAGCAGCAGAGAUGGACUCACACCUCUGAAGCACAACUCACCCUCCAGCCCACCAUCACGGACUAGUCUUCUCUCCCUUGGUAUUUCUUUUUUGGCGCUCGGUGCCCCGGUGGAGUGGAGCCGCUAUCAACGGAAGGGUUUUUAGUUGCAUUCCGACGCUCGUCCUGUCCGGUCCCGCACAGCCUCUCACCUGCACGGCCGGCGAGGAGCUCAGCUGGCACAGCCAUGAAUUCAAAUAAGUGCUUACCUGAGCUGGUGGCGGAGAAAAACACCCUGGACCCCUCUUUUGUGCACGCGCUCCGCUUGCUUGCAGAAGAGAUUGAAAAGUAUGAAGGCGACGAUUUGAGAAAAGAUGGCGACAUAAAGAAAUACCUAGAUAUCAUCAGCAAUAAAAAUAUCAAGCUCUCCGAAAGAGUUCUCAUUCCAGUGCAACAGUAUCCAAAGUUUAAUUUUGUUGGGAAGCUGCUGGGACCACGGGGAAAUUCCAUGAAGCGAUUGCAGGAGGAGACUGGGGUGAAGAUGUCCAUCCUCGGCAAAGGAUCCAUGAGGGAUAAAGGCAAGGAAGAAGAACUGAGGAAAGGCGGGGAGGCCAAAUACGCCCACUUGAGUAAUGAUCUGCACGUUUUAAUUGAAGUCUUCGCUCCACCUGGAGAGGCCUAUUCCCGCAUGAGUCACGCCUUGGAGGAGAUCAAAAAAUUCUUAGUCCCAGACUAUAACGACGAGAUCAGACAGGAGCAGCUGAGAGAGCUGUCCCUGCUGAAUGGCUCCGAAGAGUCGAGCAGGGGGAGGAGUGCACCGGGAAGGGGCGCGCGGCCGGCAGCCGCAAUAUCCACAAGGGGCCACAGAGGGACGGGGAGAAGGGCGGCAGCGGCGGUGGCGGCGGCGGCAGCGGCACCCCGGGGGGCAGCGGCAGCGGCAGCGGCACACAGCAAACUUCCCACGACCGGUUUAACGAGGGAGGGACAAGCGCCGAGAGCCAGGGGGGUGGCGGGGAGCGCUGCAUACAGGGUCCCGCUGUUAGCAGUCACACAUGAGUCCUAUGAUGACUACGGCUACGAUGAUGGAUACGGAGGAGAAUAUGACGACGAGAGUUACGAGCCCUACGAGGAUAACUACAGCAACCAGUCGAAGAGCAUUUCAGAUUACUACGAAUACGGACCUGCGACCAGUGAUGAAUCCUACAACAACUAUGAGGAGGAGUGGCCGACCGCCCGUCCCAGUCUCAAAGCCCCGGCCUUGCGGCUGACGAGAGGGGGCUACAGGAAACAUCCCUACGGUAGAUACUGACGGUGCUCCGGAAAUGUGACCUUCAAACGUUUUUUCAAAAGAACAAACUGUUUUAUAAUUUUUUUUUUUAUUCCUCGUGAAAAGUUGUGACUUUUUUCGUCCGUCUCCUUGAGAAAUUUAAGUAAAAAAAAGUAACCCCGUGUAGCACAUAAAUUCUCAAACUCUAACAUUAUGCAGUACUCUGGGUUUUAUUACUCAUGAAGGGAAGAGUUAUUUUAUGAAAAACACAGAAAUUCCAUCAAUGCACAGGAAGGUUGCUCUUUAAACACCUUUCAUUCCACCUCCAAGGAAAUACAGUUAUUUCAGAUUUUUGACCUUAUACGGCAUAAAUGUCCAAUAUCUUAGGUUUCAGAUUUUGACAAAGUGCUUUACAUCAACUGCCUUUAAUGGACAGAUUAUCAGAGUCUAAGAUAAUACAUGUUAGUCAGAUUAGGCAAAACAAAUUAAGUCAAUUUUUAUCCUAACAGUCUAAAGUAUGACAAGCCGCUUUAAAGACAUUUGGUUACCUAAUCAUUCUUCAUGUACAUUUAAAUUUAAAAACAUGACAUUUAAAAAAAAACUUACUGUACAAGAAAACCGCACACAAACUCUCUCUAGCUCACGUUUGGUCAAACCAAAAUUCAUUUAUAGGCAGGAUGAGUCUACAAUCAGAUGUGGAGCCAACAUGACGCUCACAUUAAAUUUGAAAUAAUCUAAUUUCAUCUCCCUCACCUCUCUCUCCACAGUUCCCUGAUUGGUCGGGCUGUGGGGCUCAAUUUGGUGUAUGUGGAUCUUUCCCAGACUUGUGAGAUUCAGCAUGGCUUUUUUGGACAAAUUAGUUUUCCCAACAACUCUAAUUGUCAUAUGGCUUCAUUAACAUGAAUCUUAAUUUGUUUCUUUCUAAUUUGUUUUAGCUUUUUAGCUGCAGAUCAGUGUGUGUAUGCAGACGCCUCACUUCCUGUUUGAUUUCAACUGUGGCCUGAUGCUUAUAACAGUAAAGGACAGAGAGCCACACACUGAUCUGGACACAAAUGACCUCAUAAACUCCAUUAAAGGCAACAGAUGACAAAUUGAACCUUAAAGAUCUGAACUCAACGUAACUUAAGUGACUCAAUGUCCCAAACAUUUGUUUAAAACAUGUUUAAUGUUCAGAAAAGGUUUCCCCGUAACUGCUACUACCUGUGUGGAACUCUGAUUGUAAAAAAACGGAUGCGUCAGACUUAAGUUAGUGACAUUGUGAUUUGAAAAAAAAAAAGAAGAUGUGAGAUCGUAAAUGUGCAAAACCCCUUUUUUUUGGUGGGGGAGGGGGUUGAAAGCGAUCAGCAAUAUUCAGUGUGUGAUUUAUAAAACGUGCUUUGUUCUGUGUGUAAUCUGUAUUUGUACAUAAAGCAUUUAAUAAAAACAACAUAAACCUCAA